GUCACGCCGCUGAAGUGGAGUAGGGUCGAGCGCGGAAUGCUAGGAGCUGCUGGGGUGUCUGUCGCAGCGGGUUUUCUGGGUAGUUUGCGGAGCUUCUAGGAUGGAGCCGGCUCCGGAGGGAGCGAGUGUGACCGCAGUUCCUGUGUCAGCUGCCGAUAGCACUGUGGAGUUGGCCGAAGUCGAAGAAGGAGUUGGAGUAGUCGGUGAGAAUGACGCAGCCGCGAGAGGAGCGGAGGCCGUUGGCGACAGUGAGGAGGACGGGGAGGAUGUGUUCGAAGUGGAGAAGAUCCUGGACAUGAAGACGGAGGGGGGUAAAGUUCUUUACAAAGUUCGCUGGAAAGGCUAUGCAUCAGAUGACGACACCUGGGAGCCUGAGAUUCACCUGGAGGACUGUAAAGAAGUGCUUCUUGAAUUUAGGAAGAAGAUUGCAGAGAACAAAGCCAAAGCAGUUAGGAAGGAUAUUCAGAAACUAUCCUUAAAUAAUGACAUAUUUGAGGCAAACUCUGAUAGCGAUCAGCAAAGUGAGACAAAAGAAGAUACUUCCCCAAAGAAGAAAAAGAAAAAAUUAAGGCAGAGAGAAGAGAAAAGCCCAGAUGAUCUGAAAAAGAAAAAGGCAAAGGCCGGAAAACUAAAAGACAAGUCCAAACCAGACCUGGAGAGCUCCUUGGAAAGUUUAGUUUUUGAUUUAAGGACAAAGAAAAGAAUUUCGGAAGCCAGAGAAGAACUAAAGGAGUCCAAAAAGCCCAAAAAAGAUGAAGUAAAAGAAACAAAGGAAUUAAAGAAAGUUAAAAAGGGCGAAAUAAGAGAUUUAAAGAUGAAAACAAGAGAAGAUCCCAAAGAAAAUAGAAAAACAAAAAAAGAAAAAUGGGUCGAAUCCCAGGUGGAACCUGAAUCAAGUGUACUUAAUGAAUUGCCCUUUACAGAGGAUGACAGUGAAGGGCUACUUUCUGAAAGCAGAGAAGAGAGACAAAAAACUAAAAGUGCAAGAGAGAAAGCAGGGCAGGACGCAGGGCUGGAGCGCAGCUUCGGAAAGCCCCUGGAUGAUGCCUUGAGUGCUGAGGAGGAAACCGAUGUCAGAGGCAGGAGGAAAAAGAAGACCCCAAGAAAGUCUGAGGACACGAGAGAGAGCAGGAAGCUAGAGAACAAGAACACUUUCUUAGAGAAAAAAACUGUGCCUAAAAAGCAGAGGAAUCAAGACAGAGGAAAAAGUGCCACAGAGUUAGAGAAACUGACACCUGUGUCUGCCCAAACUCCAAAGGGUUGGAGGUUGAGCGGGGAGGAGAGAAGCCUCCGGUCCACUGACUCAGCCGAGGAGGACAAAGAGACCAAAAAAAAUGAACCCAAAGAAAAAUAUCAGAAAAGGCAUGAUUCCGACAAGGAAGAAAAAGGGCGAAAAGAGCCGAAAGGAUUAAAGACACUUAAGGAAAUAAGAAGUGCAUUUGAUUUGUUGAAAUUAACACCAGAAGAAAAAAAUGAUGUUUCUGAGAAUAAUCGAAAAAGAGAAGAAAUGCCACUGGAUUUUAAAACCAUAGACGAUCACAAAACCAAGGAAAACAAACAGUCACUUAAAGAAAGGAGAAACACCAGAGACGAAACAGAUACUUGGGCAUACAUUGCUGCGGAAGGUGAUCAGGAUGUUUUAGACAGUGCGUGCCAAGCAGAUGAGAAAUCAGAUGGCAGGCAGCAGAUUCUGAGUUUGGGUAUGGACCUGCAGUUGGAAUGGAUGAAGUUAGAAGAUUUCCAAAAGCACCUUGAUGGGGAAGAUGAGAAUUUUGCUGCAGCAGAUGCAAUUCCAAGUAAUGUGUUAAGGGAUGCUGUGAAAAAUGGGGAUUAUAUUACUGUAAAAGUUGCACUUAAUUCAAAUGAAGAAUAUAACCUGGACCAAGAGGAUUCCAGUGGGAUGACACUGGUGAUGCUUGCCGCUGCAGGAGGGCAGGAUGACCUCCUGCGACUCCUCAUCACGAAAGGCGCGAAAGUGAACGGUCGGCAGAAGAACGGGACCACCGCCCUCAUUCAUGCUGCAGAGAAGAACUUUUUAACUACAGUGGCUAUUCUUUUGGAAGCAGGAGCUUUUGUAAAUGUCCAGCAAAGCAAUGGUGAGACUGCGCUGAUGAAGGCCUGUAAAAGAGGAAAUUCAGACAUCGUACGACUUGUAAUUGAAUGUGGAGCUGACUGCAACAUUUUGUCAAAGCACCAAAACAGUGCCCUGCACUUUGCGAAGCAGUCUAACAACGUGCUUGUGUACGACUUGCUGAAGAGCCAUUUAGAGACACUUUCCAGAGUAGCAGAAGAGACAAUAAAGGAUUACUUUGAAGCUCGCCUUGCUCUGCUAGAACCCGUUUUUCCAAUUGCAUGCCAUCGACUCUGUGAGGGGCCAGAUUUUUCAACAGAUUUCAAUUACAAACCCCCACAGAACAUAGCAGAAGGCUCUGGCAUCCUGCUGUUUAUCUUCCAUGCAAACUUUUUGGGUAAAGAAGUUAUUGCGCGGCUCUGUGGACCAUGCAGUGUACAAGCUGUAGUUCUGAAUGAUAAAUUUCAACUUCCUGUUUUUCUGGACAGUCAUUUUGUUUACUCAUUCAGCCCUAUUGCAGGUCCCAAUAAGCUCUUCAUAAGGUUGACGGAAGCACCCUCUGCCAAGGUUAAGUUGCUAAUAGGUGCGUAUAGAGUGCAGCUGCAGUGACCAAACGGAAGGGAUUGGGAGUUCUCUGCAGACCGAUUCCUGUACUCUCUGACAGCAGUUUGGAAUUCCAGCACAUCCAUGUAAAGUUUUGUCUAAACCUCUUGCAAGCAAGCCUGUUGUCUGUUGUAGUCUGUAAGAUGCGACAUAGCUGUGUCUCUGCCAGGGUGCUGGAAUCUCAGUGCAGUGUCCAGACUGCAUAUUUCAGUUUUUCCACAAUGUGGAUAGUACAUAUGAGGAUUAUUUAAGAAAAUUAAAGACUUUUUCUUUUUUUUGGAGAUGGAGUUUUGCUCUUGUUGCCAAGGCUGGAGUGCAAUGGCACGACCUCAGCUCACGGCAACCUCCGCCCCCCAAGUAGCUGGGAUUACAGGCAUGCCCAGGUAAUUUUGUAUUUUUAGUAGAGACGGGGUUUCUCCGUGUUGGGCAAGCUGGUCUCGAACUCCUGGCCUCAGGUGAUCCAACCGCCUCGGCCUCCAAAGUGCUGGGAUUACAGAUGUGAGCCACUGCACCCAGCAAGACUUAUUUUCUUAACUUGAAAUUUUUUGUUAGCCCUGGUGAACUUCUGUGUUUAAAAAAAAAGAAAAAAUUCAACUCUAAAGCAUUUGCUUACAGCAAGGGAGCCAUGUUAUAGUCAAGUUACCCAAGCAUGGAAUAAAGUGUGCGUUUGCUGCCCUUGAAGGGGUUGGGGAGGGCUGAUCUUUUUCUAGUAGGCAGUAGCCACACAUUCCCUAAGCACAAAAGGUGGAGAGGGCAGUCACUUUGUAAAUGUGCUGUAGUCACUAAUCUUUUCAGAGGGUAACAAGAGAGUCUUUAAGAUUUAGCAAGAAUGUAAAUCAGUAUACUAUGAGGCAUAAAAGAGAAUAUUAAAUGUGAACUUUUGACCAGGUGUCGUGGCUCACACCAAUAAUCCCAGUGCUUUGAAGGCUGAGGCUGGAGGACCGCUUAAGUGCAAGAGUUCGAGACCAGCCUGGGUAACAUGGGUGGCACACACCCGUAGUCCCAGCUACUCAGGAAGCUGAGGUGAAAGGACUGCUUGGCUGGGAGGUCAAGGCUGCAGCGAACCUGAACGGCCACUGCACUCCAGCCUAGGUGACAGAAUGAGAUCCUGUCUCAAAAACAAAACAAAACAAAAAAAUGAGGUUUUAACUUUGUUCUUGGAAUCUGUACAUUUUUUUAAAGCCACAUCUUGUAACCUUGUUUUGAGUACCAACUGGGAAGAUGGGACUUAGGUAACAGCCAAGCCUGUUACCUGUCAGCUGCGUGGGAGCCGCCACGCUGUCUUGAAGAGUUCCUGCUUCUGUAUAUUACCCACAGGUUGAACUCAGAUCCUCUCAAAUAUCUGGCAAGCAUAAAUCAAGCUCAGUCUGGGUUAUGGAGAAGUUGAAAAUUGUUUUGUUCCUCAUUGGUUUCUAAUUGUAUAAAAUACGAUUUUAAUGAAAACUUUUCAGAAUUCAUAUUUGUGUAGAUAUUUCAGAGCACCAUUUUUACUUUACAUCCUAAAACUGCCUUUUCCUAUGGUUUUGUCAAUAAAACAUUAUGAUGUUGGUC